AUGGCAACGCUCUCAGGCGCAGAGCGCAUCCGCGCAAUUACCGAUGAGGAUGGCAUGUUCAAGGCCUUUGACACAUACCCAUGGAAGAAGGACAAGAUGUUCCUGUCCGGCCUCACCGCAAUCCUCGGCGAUCCAAACACAGCAAACCCCAAAGGAACUCCCUCCGAACUCGCAACCCACGCCCGGAUCUUCUACUACGCCUCGCGCAUCGGCGUGAGAAUCGACUUCAACAGCUACAAAGACUGGCUCGCACGCCACCCGGACCACACACCACCAGACAUCCUCCCCGAAGAAUACAAGUCCCAGUCGCCAGCAACAAACGCAGCUGUCGACGUGCCGGACCUAACUUCGAAACUCAAUGACCUCAAGACCGACCCCGAAACCAAGAACGACGCUGGCGCAGAAGACACGCCGUCAUGGCAGACCGCCGCUCCGAAAGGGGAGCUCUACGUCGAGCGGAAAGCUCCCCCGCAAGUAGACGGUGACGGCGAUGGAGGCGAGCCAGCGUAUCCUGUCGGCUUCGCGGAGAUGCUUCAGAUGUUACAGAAGGGCAUUCCUAUCCCAGGAAUAAGACAGAUACCCGACACUGUCGUCAGGGAUGCAUCCGUCAAGCCAUUUGGGAAGCGUGCGGUGCCAAAGAAACCCUGGGAAAAAGACAUACCAACUGCAGAUGCAGAAGCAGGAGACCAACCUUCCGUAGUUGACGCUGAAUUCCCUCCACUUGAUGAGACUUCAGCACCAGAGGCUGACAAAUCAAGCAAGGACACGUAG